CUUUCUGUCUCGCGCGCGCGCUUUCGUCCUCUUUCUCUCUCUCUCUCGCUGUUUACCCGACUACCCCUUCUCGGCGAAACCUCUCCCGCCGACGAAAAUUCGAAGCAACAGGACGCGCGUCCUCCGAACGAGGAAGGAAUCGGAGAGAGGAAAUCUGCCGCGAAAAAUUUUUGUCUCGGCCCGCGCGAAAAGAAGAAGAAAAGUGAGAAGAGGGUGAAUGAGCGGCGACGAAGGAGACGAGCCGCGAUAAGAUCCAGGAUCCAAGAUCGAUAUUCGAGGCGGAGCGCGCGAGAUCGCGUCAGUCGGUUCUUCAAGCGCCAGGAAGUUGUUAAUCCGUUAACUCGUUAACUAGCGGCUAGAUAAGAGAGGACGGAUAAACGAAGCCUCUGAAAGGGGGAAAAAGAGAUCGACGGGCUCGAAUCUCUCCGCACUCUAGUGCUGUGAAACUGUCUGGUGAUGCGUGAUCGAACAACAACUUCCUCGGAGGAGGCUGCCGUUCCUGCUGACGUCACUUCCACUUCCGUCGACGACGGUCCCGCGAGCGAGCUGGUACGAGGAGGAUCGUCGAUCGAUAUCGACGGCGACGGGACGACGGAUUCCGGCCUGUCGGGAUAUUCGCAUGCGACGGCUUAAGCCGAGGGUGAAAGGGUCGGUCAGGACCUUAAGCGGGAUAAAGGAGAACCGCUGCUGAGUCCGUCCGUCCGUCCGUCCGUCCGUAUCGGAAUCGAGGCAAGGAUUCUCAUGCACGCCGCGAACUUGCCCGGCAUCCCGUGGUCGAGAGGAGAGAAGGAGCAUGACGUAGUCGUCGGCGAGGGGGGCUCUUGGGAUGCUCCGGACUACUUCCGGCUAGGGCCGUCGUAUGGAGGGGCAGGACGUAAUCACCACGGACGGCAACCUGUUUCUAAACUUCACGAUUCGCAACGCCACGCAAGGCGACACCGACGAAUCCUUUUUUCGGAGCUUCCCUGGCAAAAACUCACCCUACACCACCACUCAGGCAAUCGCCCUCGCUCUGGUACUCGGCAGCAUCAUCGUCGGGACGGUGAUAGGCAAUAUCCUCGUGUGCUUAGCGGUGUUCCUCGUUAGGAAGCUACGGAAGCCGUGCAACUAUCUGCUGGUCAGUCUGGCGGUGAGCGAUCUCUGCGUGGCGCUUCUGGUGAUGCCGAUGGCAUUGCUAUACCAGAUAUCGGGCAACUGGUCCUUCGGCAAGCUCAUGUGCGAUCUCUGGGUCAGCUUCGACGUGCUCAGCUGCACCGCCAGCAUCCUCAAUCUCUGCAUGAUAUCCGUGGACCGAUUCUGGGCCAUCACGAAACCAUUGAAAUACGGAGUUAAGAGGACGCCGCGACGGAUGAUCAUCUACGUCAGCCUUGUUUGGUUAGGAGCGGCUUGUAUCAGUCUGCCGCCCCUGUUGAUAAUGGGAAACGAGCACACGUAUUCCGAGACCGGACCCUCGCACUGCUCAGUCUGCCAGAACUUUUUCUAUCAAAUCUACGCGACCCUCGGCAGCUUCUACAUUCCACUGCUCGUCAUGAUUGAGGUGUACUAUAAAAUAUUCUGCGCCGCGCGCAAGAUUGUUUUGGAAGAGAUAAAGGCGCAGCUUCACCUGGAGGUGCACUGCCAUCUCAACAUGGAGCCGCCGGCCGCCCAGCAUCCAGUCGCGCCUGCAGCGAACCGUCAAUUAAAUUCUUCCGACAUACAGACGAGUCAAGACAGCCCGCCGGUGAAACACAGAAGUUCCAGCGCGUCUACCACGAUCAAUGUUGUGUUCUACAGCUUCGCUGUUGCACAUCAUACUGUUUAA